AUGCGGAAGAUGAGGGAUAUCGUCACCCUGCCCGCCGACAAGGGACGCUCGACGGUUGUCAUGGACAAGACCGAGUACACGACGAAACUGGAAGGUCUGUUGGAGGACGAAGUUGCCUAUAAGCUUUCGGAGACUGGAGAGUUCAAGAAGCACGUGAACAGUGUAAACAAGGCGAUAGACAAGUUAAGGAAGGCAGGAGCCCUCAAGAGGCAGGAAGCACUGGCCGCAAAAGCCACCGAUGCCGCCAUGGCGCGCUUCUACGGUCUGCCAAAAGUGCAUAAACCGGGAGUACCUCUACGCCCCAUAGUCUCAUUACGCGACACCCCGACCUUUGGACUGUCGAAAUGGCUUAACCAACGAUUCCGUUUCCUGACCGGGGAUUCCGAAUGGACGGUGAAAUCGGCUGAGCAGUUUUUGAGGAGUAUCAGACAUCUAGAAAUAGAGUCAGACGAGAUGAUGGUAUCGUUUGAUGUGGUCUCCUUAUUCACCUCCAUUCCAACGGACCUUGCCAUCAGCACCAUUAACGAGCUUCUUCAGGAGAAGUACGAUGAAACUGAUCAACGGCUUAAACGAACGCACGUCAUCGAACUCCUGGAAUUGUGCCUCAGAACUUUCUUCACUUUCAACAACCGGGUUUACGAACAAAAGAAGGGAACACCGAUGGGCUCCCCGCUGUCUGGACUGAUUGCCGAGGCUGUUCUACAGAGGCUCGAGCGACUGGUCUUCCGUUCGUACUCCCCAAAAUUCUGGGCCAGAUACGUCGACUACACAUUUGUAGUAAUCAAGAGGAACGACGUUCAGGACUUCAAAGUGUUGUUGAACUCAAUAUUCCCCGACAUCCAAUUCACAAUGGAAGAGGAGUACAACAACCAGUUGCCCUUCCUUGACGUAAACAUCACAAGAAUGGCUAAUGGGGGGAUCAGAACUACGGUAUACCGAAAGGCAACGAAUACCAGACGCAUCCUCCAAUUCCGGAGUAACCACCCCAUCGGUCACAAACGCAGUUGUGUCAGAGCUCUUUUCCAACGAGUUCAAACACACUGUAAUGACAACGUCGGGAGAAGGGAGGAAGUGAAGUACCUGCAUUCCCUAUUCACAGCCAAUGGUUACCCACGAUCCUUCAUACGUGAGUGCCGAAGAGGAUUUAACCGCGAACAAUCUAAUGAUGAGAAGCCGAAGUUCUGGCUCGCAAUCCCCUACAUGA